AUGCACAGCUCGAAUGCUUCACGGGCUCUGGGGUCUGAGGCCACGGGUUUUGCAAACCUUGAGGAACAUCUCGCAAAGUCCGUUCGACAUGCCCUCGAGACCCUUCAGACUGCCGACGGAGGCGUGCGAAGUCAUUUUGGAGCGUCGGGCAGCGCCGCUGCAGCAGCGGUUGCCGCGACUGGCAUGAGUGGAGGGACGAUGAGCUGCGUUCAGAAACCAACAGAUGGAUACUGGCACAUCAUGUAUACCUGUGUCAUCAAAAUCCGAGGAACUGACUUUUUUCUCGACGUACGGUGUGGAGACCAAGGGCCAAAGUCCGGAAGACUCAUUGCUAGCGCGGAACGAGCAGGUGUAUUCAAGGUCUGUGUGCGUCACCUCUUGAAAUCGGCCCGGGACUUUUACGACUCACUGAAGGUUCUCUGGUGGCAACCGAUGCCUGUCGUCGUUUUUGACGGACUGCUUCCCUCUGACGAGCUUCUCCGGCGGAAUGCUGAGAAGGAGCUUGAGAAGAGACGGAAGAGGAACAAGAAAAAGAACAGGAGGAGAAGAGGCAGGGGCAACGACGCCCAGUCGUCCGCUGAAACAACAGUGAGGGCCAAGCACGCGCAAGAAGCACACACGGCGUGUGAGGCGGGUGUCGAUCUGUUAACCUCUUCGUCUGCGGGUGUGACGCCCGCACCUGGUCGCGAAUCUCAGAACAGUAAGAGCAAGAGCCCCCAGCAAGGGAACUCAUGGAGCCCUGCCGGAAGCCGAUCAAAUGCGGAUGCAGCGCGAGUGGCGCUGGGAGACGUUCCGUCGUCGAGCCAUGCGUCUUCCACAGAUGACCGUUCCAGCGUCUGCAAUAGCGGAAGCGAUACAGGGUCAGCUGUUGAUGGCAGCAAACGAAAGGCUGAUUACAGCGAAUGGGACGUAGUCGCCUUGAUGUACAUAGGCAGCCUUGACGCAGAGACUCCAGUCGCUCAAUUCCAGAGCUUACACACGAACGACGCGGGAAGCGCGUCUCCAAAGAACGCCGAAGACUGUUGGUACAUUAGUAACAGCAAAGCUGCUCUUCCCCUUUGUCGGGGGUGCCGUGGGACUGCGACUGCAGAUACGGAUGGCCACAAUUCGAAAGGAGCCUCAUUCAAUGGACGUGGAGGGCAUUCGCCCAAUCGGUGUACACGCAGCCGCGAAAGGGAGAAGGGUGGAUGCCGAUCUUCCUCAAGGUGCACGUCCCCUUGUUCAGAGGCUGCGCUCCACGAGGCGUCGCUGGAGCGAGCGUUCGAUCGGGCAUGCCAACUUUGUUUAAACAACAGGCUAACCCCUCACGAGGCAUUCAUCGUGAAAAGAGCAGACCGUGAGCGUGGCUGCUUUCCGCUGUAUCACAAAAUUGCUAGGCGAUAUCUGUACGCACACCCAACGAAUGGCCUCGUAGGGAUGGUUCCCUCUACUAGCACCGUAGUUGCUGCGACAGCUCAGAAAAUAAUGACAGAUAUCAAGUCGAAGAAGGCAGACGGUCGGAGCUCCAUGAAGAGAGAAGCAGAGGAAGAUAAAGACUCCGAUUCUCGUCCGCUCCUUUGUGAUGAAAAAACUGCCACGGGUAAAGAACAGCACAGGGCCGAGGACGGUUGGCGGCACGACGGUUCAGGAAGGCAGGUUUUCAUGCCGUCCGAAUUCGAACUUAUUGCCCUGUCAGACCUUAUGAUUCAGCAGACAGUGGCGCAGAUUAUAGCGUCUCUGCCCCCCGUGGAGUCGCCUCGCGCGCGAUGGGAUGGCUUAGGCUCAUGGGGAAUGGAAGACACUGAAGGAGAGGAAGACGAAGAUGAAAAAGAUCGUCUCGAGAAUGGAUCAAGACCGACAACAGUAAGUAGCGAUGAAGACGAAUGCCGACAAAGAGGUAGCGCGAGUUCUUUACCUUACAGCGGAGACGACGACCAGCGUGAUCGUUUGUCCUGCACUGCAACUACCGAUCGGCAUGAUUCCAUUUCAAACGAGUCCUUUAUUGGCGAACAAGGACAAGGAACAAGUGAUUCGUUUAUUCCUUCCUCUCCGGAAGCGUUUUCCUCUGCUACGGAGAGAGGCGCAAUAUCUUCUGAAGAUGAUGAUGAGCACCUCCACGGACGGAGGGGCCUGCGGAUUCGGAUGGUGCCACUGUCAGGGGAGAGGCCAAAACGCCAAAACGAAUCACCGCGGAGACGGCAAGGCUCAGAUAAUACUCGAAGAAGUUCGCGGAAAAAUUGUAGCGUACGAGAACCCUUAGAAGAUUCACCCGAAGAUGGUCAACAAACCGUCUCUGGUGUGUGCGACCAGUUCGUUUUAUCUGACUUGGAUGCGGAGACAGACCUUGAAGAAGAGACAGGAGAUUUCGGUGUUUCACAAGGCGGUGGGGGUACCGGGCGGGACGCCACGAGAUGGGCAGAAAACCAAUAG